UGCAGUAGAGAGAGACACACACACACCAACCCAAUUAAUAAGUUUUUUUAUUAUUAUAUAAACAGUAUCGAAGCCAAGCCUCAUCUUUAUUACCCAUCGAAACCAUCUUAGAGAUAAAAAGAAGAAGAAAGAAGGAGAUGAGUCAACACAACAUCUUAGAAGCUCUAAACGUGCGGGUGGUGGGUACGGGUGAUCGGAUCCUGUUUUUGGCCCAUGGAUUCGGCACGGACCAAUCAGCUUGGCACCUGAUCCUUCCUUACUUCACCCAAACCUACAGAGUGGUCCUCUACGACCUCGUUUGCGCCGGCAGUGUCAACCCCGACUACUUCGAUUUCAAUCGCUACACCACUCUCGAUCCUUACGUCGACGACCUCCUCAACAUCGUCGAUUCCCUCGGUAUCCACACCUGCGCCUACGUCGGCCACUCCGUCUCCGCUAUGAUCGGAAUCAUCGCCUCCAUUCGUCGCCCUGAGCUUUUCUCCAAGCUGAUCCUCAUCGGAUUCUCUCCUAGGUUCCUCAACGACGAGGAUUACCACGGCGGGUUCGAAGAAGGCGAGAUCGAGAAGGUUUUCUCGGCUAUGGAAGCUAAUUACGAAGCUUGGGUUCACGGAUUCGCUCCGCUCGCCGUCGGAGCGGAUGUACCGGCGGCGGUUAGGGAAUUCAGCAGGACUCUGUUCAAUAUGCGUCCGGAUAUAUCUCUGUUCGUGUCGAGGACGGUGUUCAACAGCGAUCUGAGAGGUGUGCUAGGGUUGGUUAGAGUUCCGACGUGCGUGAUUCAGACGGCCAAGGACGUGUCUGUGCCGGCAUCGGUGGCGGAGUAUCUGAGGGCUCAUCUUGGUGGGGAUACGACUGUAGAGCAGCUUAAAACGGAAGGGCAUUUGCCGCAUCUCAGUGCUCCGGCUCAGCUUGCUCACUUUCUCCGGCGAGCCCUUCCUCGGUGACCGCUCUUUUUGUUUUUAUAUAAUUUUAUUUUUAUUUUUGGGUUUGAGAGAGAGUGAAAAAAUUGGAAGAAUAUGGAACUUGUGUGUGUGGGGUCCACUUUAGGAAAAAAGGAAAGGCCUCUAUUUGUGGAGGACAGUUUGGCUUUGUCAAAUCUCAAUAUCUAUCCUAAGAUAAGAUUGUUCACUUGACACGUGUGGCUCUCUCUCUCUCGUUUUCAUUUUAUUCAAGAGCUUCUUUGAUUACU